AUGGUCAUCGCCAUACGUUCAGCUCGUCUACUUGUAGAAAGCACACGAGAUCUCAUUUCUCACAAUGGUGUCGUCGUCGUCGAUGGAGAAUCAGUGGUCACUGCUGGGGUCUGGGACGAUAUCGCGCUUAGUCUACCCAAGGGAACAGAAAUCAUCGACCUUGGGGAUACUACCGUAAUGCCGGGUCUCUUCGAUUGUCACGUCCACCUCGCCAUGGACCCUUCGAAACUUUCAGCGACUGCCGAUAUAGGAGUCGCUUCAGAGGAAGAUCUGCUUAUACAAAUGGAGCGCAAUGCAUUAAAGGUUUUGGACGCCGGUGUUACAACAAUUCGUGACCUCGGUUCUCCAGGGACUAUCUCAACAGUAUUGAGAGAACGUGUACAAGAAUGGCGUGUAUUCGGUCCGCGAAUUCUUUGCGCAAAUGCGCCUAUAACGGUACCUGGAGGACAUGCUCAUACUUGGGGUGGAGUUGCUGUCGGGGUAGAUGGGUGCCGCGCCGAAGCACAGAAAAGAAUUAACGAAGGAGUGGAUGUUAUAAAGGUUAUGAGCACUGGCGGAUUUCUGAGCCCUGGGUCUCGACCAACAGAAGCUCGAUACUCAGUGGAGGAGCUCAAGGCAAUAGUUACCGAAGCUCAUGCUCAUGGUAUUCCUGUAACAACACAUGCUACCGGGGUCGAAGGCAUUAGGCGGGCAGUCGAAGCUGGUUUCGACUGUAUCGAGCAUUGUUCUUGGGGUGUAGAGGGCGGAACCACAUACGAUGAUUUGAUUGCAAAACGGAUCGUAGAUAGCAAUAUUGCUGUCUGUCCAACUAUGAAUACAGCAUGCUUGGAGAAGGACUAUUUUUGUCCGUGGGACACUCGACAACAUGUUCUUGAAAAUCUCAGCAGGUUACGACAAGGGGGUACUCGAAUCAUUGUUGGAACUGACAACGGAAUAGCGCUGUGCCCAUUUGAAAGGUAUGCAGACGGGCUAUUGGUUCUUGCCGAAGCUGGAUUUACAUGCCGUGAAAUAAUUGCUGCUGCGACGGACAUAGCUGCUGAGGCUUGUGGUCUUUCCAAUGUUACCGGGAAGCUACUCCCAGGCAUGGCUGCUGACAUUGUAGCAUUCGAAGGUAACCCCCUUCAUGACGUGGACGCAUUUUCGAAACCUCGAUUUGUCAUGGCGAGUAUAAUUCUUCUCAUCAAAUCUCCAGUGCGUGGGAGGGUGCAUGUAUUGAAACCUAUUCCAGUCCGUCCCGACAAUGCACUCAUAGCUCAACAAAUAUGGGGAGAAUUGCGGGCAGCAGCUGACCUUCCUUCAGACCGUUACAGUUUGAAGUUAAAGUCUACUGCUUAA